UACCGACGCGUAUAUCUACCGAUAUCUAUAUCUCAGAGCCCUUUUCUGCGCGAAAAGGUACAAUUGAUAUGAUUGGUCAAAUCUUCGGACCUUGCGAAAGAUUGACGAAUAAACAAGUUUCAAACAUAAUAAGAUACCAAUGUGCAGCACAUGUGUGAAAACUGCUAUUCCGCAAUCAAACACCGCAGCAUCUUUUGAGCUGUUUUAAUUUUCUUCAGUGUUAAAAAUGUUACGGAGGCAAGCUCGUCAGAGAAGGGAGUAUUUAUACCGAAAAUCUCAGGAGGAGCAAGAACGUAUCAUCAGGGAGAGAAAAAGAAAGUUGAAAGAUGCUCUCGAUGAAAACAAGAAGAUUCCAACAGAGUUACAGAAAGAUGCACUAGCCCUUCAAAAGGCCUUGGCGUUUGAUGAUGAUGGAGGAGAAGAACUGAAUCACAUUGAUGAUGAAUAUAGGUGGGCUGGUGUAGAAGAUCCUAAGAUCAUGCUGACAACAUCAAGAGAUCCCAGCUCAAAAUUGAAACAGUUUGCCAAGGAGUUGAAACUUAUUUUUCCUAAUGCCCAGAGAUUGAAUAGAGGGAACUAUGAAAUCAGUCAGCUGGUUCAGGCUUGUAGAGCGAAUGAUGUCACUGAUCUUAUCAUGGUCCAUGAACAUAGAGGAGUUCCAGAUGCAUUACAAAUUUGCCAUCUACCCUACGGACCUACAGCAUACUUCACUCUCUUCAAUACAGUCCUCAGGCAUGACAUACCAAAGAUAGGAACCAUGUCAGAAGCCUAUCCUCAUCUUAUCUUCAAUAACUUCAAAUCAAAGCUUGGUGAAAGAGUGAUGAGCAUUCUUAAGUAUUUGUUUCCUGUACCAAAGGAAGAUAGUAAAAGAGUCAUCACAUUUGCAAAUGAGGAAGAUAUUAUCUCUUUCAGACACCAUACGUACAAGAAGGUAGACCACAAGAAUGUCGACCUGACCGAAGUGGGACCAAGGUUUGAGAUGAAACUAUAUGAGAUCCGCUUGGGUACAAUAGACCAAUCCAAUACUGCAGAAGUUGAAUGGGUGUCUAGGCCUUACAUGAAUACAGCUAAGAAACGCAAGCAUCUAAGUAAUGAUUGACAACACAAAAUCAAUCAUUAAUAUUCUACCAUAAUGAACCAGAAAGAAUAGCUGGAGUCCAAACCAAUCAAUUCAUUGGUUAUCAACAGAGGGAGAUUUGAUAAAUUAUGAGUGUGGAGGCAUGUGAAAUUAGUGAGAGUAAUUUGGCAGGCUAUUUCAUGUUUUAUUGUGGGGACUACGGUUCACUGGAAGAGGUUUAUUUCACUUAAAGUGGAUGGAUGUAAUUGUUUGCUUAAUACAUCUAUUCUAUACUACAUAAAUAUCAGUGUUAUUGAAAAACAAUAACAUAAUUCUUCUCAGUGUACAUUCUCCUAUCCACAUCUGACAUUGGAGAACUCUGAUCCAUUUUGCAUGUUUAAAGUACAAAUGUUAAUUACUGUAAUCCAUUUGGAAGAUCACUAGGCUUUGAAAGAACUCAAGCCCAGGACAGUGGACACUCUUAAACAAUGCUAUUUCACAUACAUGUAGAAAUAUUGUGCUCUCUUAUGUUUAGAUCAAUAUCCUGUUUUGUGAAUUUGUAAACAAUAAAUUAAAUAUUUCAUUUACUGAUACAUUAACAUUGUUUGCUGAGAUUAGAUGACGUAACACAAAAGUACAAAGAAUUGCUGAAUACUUAUUUCAGACAAAUGAUAAAAAGAAUCACCAGAAGAAAAACAUAUUGAGGUAUACUAUAUACACUAAAUGUAUCUUUAUUACACAAUAUAUUCUCUGGAAGAUAAUGUACAAUGUAAAUAGUAUCAAAAUGGAUGGCACAAUCAAGAUGGAGUUUUAGAAUAUAUAUGUAUGUGGACGGAUCAUGCAAUACUUAUUGAAAUAGGCUAAUCUCCAUAUAAUAACUAUGUAUCCCAUUGGCUUGAUUAAGGGUCUGUUACCUUGUCAUUUUUUUUUUUUUUGGGGGGGGGGGCAAAUAUCUUGCGAAAUACGAUAAUUUAUGAAUGUCUUAUUUUUUUACAAUUUUCAGGUGAUUUCCUUUUCAUUUUGAAUAUACAUCUUUGCGAUGUGUAGUAUUUCAUAACUUGCUUGUUUUAGUCUUAUUAUUUGUCACAUUGGAUCCACUGUAUGUAUGCAUGUACAUAGAUGAUAUUUAAGAACUAAAUUCACAAAUGAGGCUCAAACAUCCAACCCAGUUCGUUGAAACUCUUGAAUUAUCAUAGAGAGAGAGACAUUGCCCAUAUUCAUUCCUACAUAGAAUUGUAUUGGAUCAGUGAACAAGAGUGUUUUUGAGCCAGGUGUUAAACCUCCAUUCUAAACUUUGGCCUGAAACAAAAAAACAAAACAAAAAAAAUGAAAUGAAAUCAUUCCUAUUUUAGAUUUUCAGCUUGAUACUUUAUCAGACAACCCUACUUCUGUUACGCAGGGUCACAUUGCAUAAAAUUACUAUUCACUGUACCAUUAUGGUAACUAUCAUGGAUACCUUGAUUUUAAUUGGAAGCUGAGCUUUGUCACCACAGUAGAGCCUACAAGAAUGCAACACCAAAUUGUUAUCUUUUGAAGUUUUUAAAAAUGGAUUCCCUUUUCAUCUUAAAUAAAUUAUAUCUGUGAUAUAUAGUAUUUUACAAAA